UGGAGCUUCAAGCAUCUUUGAAGGAGACACCCGAGUACCUCAACACUUUCUAUUCAUCUACCACAUCUGCCAAUAUGCCGAAAUGUAAGUCUCGCUCUCGCGAUGUAUUGAUACAACUACUAACCCCCGAAUAGUCUUCUGUAAGCCACCUCCGCGCAAACUGACAUUAUCUAUGUCUGAUAAAUACUACUGUUCCACAAUCCCACGAUACUGCGCGUAACUACGUGCUAACCUCACCUCUUAGGCGAUUACUGCGAUGUUUACCUCACGCACGAUUCGAUGAGCGUUCGAAAGGCGCAUAACAGUGGAAGAAAUCAUUUGCGAAAUGUUGUGGAUUACUACCAGCGUACGCCUUCCAAUCUUAUACCAACGCUGAGCGACUUAAUACUGACUUGGGGUUGCAAACAGAAAUCGGUCAUGAGAAAGCGCAGAGUGUCAUUGAUUCUAUUACCUCGUCUUAUGCCGCAGAAGGUCAAUCCUCAUCAAAUCCUAUGCUCGGUCAAAACCCAGGAGUCCAUCCACCUCCUCCAUUCGCAUUCCCAGGUGGUAUGUUAUUCUCUUUUUCCAAACAACCCCAAUAUAUACUUCACACAGAAUUCUAACCCCUUUACAGGUAUUCCUCCACCAUUCCCUAUUCCCGGAAUGCCCCUCCCACCCCCAGGUGCCCUUCCUCAAGGCAUGAUUCCUCCACCAGGCGGACGCGGUAUGCCUCCAAUGCCCCCUUUCCCUGCUGGUGGCCCCCCAAUUCCAAUUCCAGGAAUGCCUUUUCCACCACCGGGAGGUCUUCCUCCAAACUUUCAAUUCCCACCUCUACCAGCUGGAUUACAGCCACCGCCUGGAUUUCCUCCGAUACCUGCACCAGGUUUUCCUCCAGGAGGACCUCCUGGACAACAGCAGGGUGAAGAUAGAAGAUGA